AUGUGGCCCGGCGGGCGCGGGCGUCAGGCACACCGCGCUGAGCGGCGAGUGGAGCCAGAUCCAGUAGCAGUGUUAGAGGAAAGUUGCAGUAAAUAUGGGUCGACGGGCGCGGUCACACCGCGGCGAACCACGAGUGGGGGCAAAAUUAGUGAUAGGAUUGAGCACUGCGCUCGCCGGGGUCGCCGCUCGCCGCUCGCCGCUCGCUCGUGUGCUCGGAGCCGGCGCGCAGGCGCGGGCGCGCUCUCGGCCGGCGGCGGCGGCGGCGGCGGCGGCGGCGGCGGCGGCAGUCCGCGGCGGCGCCGACAGCACGCGGCCGCGACGCGGCUCCCGCGCCGCACAACUUUCCCGCGACAACUUCAGUCUCGCCGCGAGUGCAACCACAGGUGA